AUGGAUCCUAGUCGAGCUGUAGCUGAUGAUGUGGAAAGUAAUGUGCCCGCUCCCGCUCAAGGGGCAGUGCCAGCUGAUUCUAGGCCGAUUACGAGUAGCCACGAAGGAGAGUAUAUCCAGACAAAUCCAGCUGCUCAACAACCUCCACCCCCGCCUAAUCCUCCCCAAAUACCUGUGAUACCUCAACUUGAUAAGACGAUUCAAGUGUUCGAUGAAUUAUCUUGUAUUCCUGAUGAAUGUAUCAAAUGUGUUGUAUCUUUGUUAAGGGACACUGCAUAUCACUGGUGGAAUACACUAGUAUCAGUGGUUCCAAAAGAACGAGUUACUUGGGAGUUCUUUCAGACUGAAUUCCUGAAGAAAUAUAUUAGUCAGAGAUUCAUAGAUCAAAAACGCAAAGAAUUCCUCGAGUUAAAACAAGGUCGCAUGACAGUGACAGAAUAUAAGCGGGAAUUUGUGAGACUCAGCAGAUAUGCCCGGGAAUAUGUUUCUACUGAAGCUAUAAUGUGUAAAAGAUUUAAUGACAGUUUGAAUGAAGACAUUAAGUUGUUAGUCAGGAUUCUGGAAAUAAAAGACUUUGUGGUACUCGUUGAGCGAGCAUACAAAGCUGAGGAACUUGGGAAAGAAAAAAGAAAAGUUGACUUUGAAGCUAGAGAUUCGCGGAAAAGAUCAUUGAGUAAGUCAUUUCAGUCAGCAUCAAAGAAGUUCCGAGAUGAUUUUAGCCGUUCAAAGGCUAUUGUGGGUUAUUCUAGACGAGAUCGAGACAGACCACCUGUGAGUUCGAAAGUUACUUCAAUAGCUAGUGUUGGAAAUGUCAGACCAAAUCAACUUGAGUGCAAACAUUGCGGUAAACGACAUCCUGAAAAUUGUAGAUUGAAUGAUCGGGCUUGUUUCAAAUGUGGAUCAUUAGAUCAUUCCAUCUGUGAAUGUCUUGAGUUGGCUGAGCAAGAUUCAGUGUAG